UAGGUAUCUUCGUAAUUUUUUAUAAGAGGAGGAAGAAGAAGCUUGCACACAAUUACUCUCUGGAUUCUCCUUCUCCAGGGCCUAAAGAGUUAACAUGAAUAAAUUGACAGAGAAUACCUAAAGAAUGCGGCUAGAACGAGUUACCUUUAUUAAGGUUUUAAAGUUGUCAUGAAUUUGUAAGCUAUUUUACUAAUUUGUUGAUUAAGUGUGGUAUCAGUUUUAUUGUUCUUAUCAUUGUGGUGAUUUCCCAACGUUUUCAUACUAAUUUGCAUAUUUAAACAACAAUAACAACACACUAAGCUUUAUGUCCUAUACUGUGGGGUUGCUAUAUGAAAAACCAAAUAAGAGAAUCAAGUUAUGUUAUAGUUUGAAUUUUCUUGCAUCACUCAUUUCUUUCAACAACCACCAUUUCAUCUGAUUCCUUAACUAUCAUAUCAUUUUUUAUUCCUUGCAUCCAUUUUUUUCAUCUAAUUUGCAUAUUUAAACCAUUUAAAAAAAUGAGAUUUAUCAUAUUCAAUGUAUAGGGUUUUAUUAUGUCUCUCAUUUUCUCUCAAAAGCCAGGCAUACAUAGACAUGCACGCCCACACAUGCUAUAAGAACAUACAUGUGUGCAUGCAUGUGUAAGUACACGCACACGCACAUGCACAGCUUCUAGGGAAAGGGAGUGGUCAACCGUUACUGACACUCUUGCAAUUUUUGUCCAUGGUGAUAUAAAAAGUAGCUACUAGUAAUAUGGAAGUUCGUUUCUGAUUAGUAACAAAUAACAUAUUGAAGGUUUUUUAAGUGCCUGUCUUUUGAUUCCGUUAAAUGCAUUCUUCUGUUUCAUUCUUGUAUGAUAUGUUUUGGUGGGACAAUUAUCUGCUUUCUAAUUAUUGUCUAUGUGGAAUAACAGAAAACAAUGGUCCAAUGUUCUAAAAUUUAAAGAAUUUACACUGAUUCUUGCAUGCUUGUUAUACAUCCAGUUGACCAUCAGCAUUGGCAGCAGAAUGCUCCUCAAGUUAGUGUUCUGCCAAAACCUACUCCUCCACCAGGAAUCACACCACAUCUUCACCAGUCACCAGUGAAUUGUUAUGCCUCUGCUGAACCUACUUCAAAAAGUACUAGUUUGGGUUCUGAGAGACCGUCAAAUCCAUUACCUUCCCCAGGAAUGGCCAUAGGACAUUCCUUGGGCACAUUUACUUAUGAAGAUUUAGCAUUGGCAACAGAUAAUUUCUCUGAUCCUAACCUCAUUGGUCAAGGAGGUUUUGGUUAUGUCCACAAGGGAGUGCUAAAAAAUGGGAAAGUAGUUGCAAUUAAGCAGUUAAAAGCUGGAAGUGGACAGGGUGAGCGUGAAUUUCAAGCAGAGGUUGACAUCAUUAGCCAUGUGCAUCACAGACAUCUCGUUUCACUAGUUGGAUACUGCAUUAUUGGAGACAAGAGGUUGCUUGUUUAUGAGUUUGUUCCAAACAACACAUUAGAAUUUCAUUUACAUGGAAAAGAGAGGCCAGUUAUGAACUGGUCAACCAGAAUGAAAAUUGCACUAGAUGCAGCCAGAGGAUUGGCAUAUUUGCAUGAGGACUGUCAGCCCAAGAUCAUACAUCGUGAUAUCAAGGCAGCUAACAUUCUUCUUGAUAAUAGCUUUGAGGCUAAGGUUGCAGAUUUUGGACUUGCAAAGUAUUCUUUAGAUACUGAUACUCAUGUCUCUACUCGAGUAAUGGGAACUUUUGGUUACAUGGCUCCAGAGUAUGCCUCCAGCGGGAAGCUUACAGGGAAGUCAGAUGUUUUCUCCUUUGGGGUUGUGCUUCUGGAGUUGAUUACUGGAUGCCGUCCUGUUGAUAAGUCUCAGCCAUUCUUUGAUGACAGCUUAGUUGAUUGGGCAAGGCCUUUACUUUCGCAAGCUUUGGUACAUAGAAAUUUUGAAACAUUUGUGGAUCCAAGGUUGCACAAGGGCUAUGACUCCAGUGAAAUGACUCGUAUGGUUGCUUGUGCUGCAGCCUGUGUUCGUCAUUCAGCAAGGAAUCGCCCACGGAUGAGCCAGAUAGUUCGAGCUCUGGAAGGAAAUAUUUCUCUGGAUGAUUUGAAUGAGGGAAUCAUACCUGGGCACAGCACAGUGUUCGGUUCCUAUGAAAGUUCUGAUUACAGUUCAACCCAAUACAGGGAAGACAUGAAGAAGUUCAGGAAGGUGGCACUGGAAAGCCAAGAGCUUGGUAGCAGUGAAUACAGUGCGGUCACCAGUGAAUAUGGUGUUAAUCCAUCUAGCUCCAGCAGUGAAGGCCAACAUCCUACCCAGGUGAUGGAAAAGUCGAAAGCGGAUAAAGAAACCAAAGAUGUUAUCGGAAGUUUGUAACAAUCUAUUGCAAAAUUGCUUGGAAAACAGUAAAUUCUUGUCUCCCAGCUGUAUUCAUUAUCGCCUCAUUUCCAACUUGGGAGAACCACUUGUAAAGCAAAUUUGAGAUUUGUUUUGAGAUCCAUUCCUCCCCUCACCCAAGUCUUUGGUUUUUCUCUGCUAUCCAAAAAUGUCAGCCAAGCCAAGGUAGACUGAUAGCAAUAGUGAAAUCAAGAUUUGGUUUAAGGGAUUGGGUGGAUUUUGUGAAUUCCACUGAAAAUGCAUCGAUUUUUAAUAUUAUUUGCUUGUUUAGAGUUAUCAAGCCUGUAUUGCCUGUAUAUAUUUGACGUAGUAAUACUCUCACCGCAACAGUGUAUCAAAUAUCUAUAGAGAAGCUUCAAUGAAUUUCAACGUGUUCCUUUUUUUUUUUUUAUUUGAUAAGUUGUAUUUCAUUAUCUAAUGUAGCGGAAAAACUGCAAACAAAAAUCAAUACAAAGUGUUGCAACA